AGGAGGGGAAGGUGCCUCGGCCUCUCCCAUAAGUUUGGACUCCGAGAGGGCGGUUUUAGUGGAACUUGAGAGGCAGAUUGGUCGGGAGGUUUCAGUAACCCAGUUUAGUUUGCUCAUUUCUGCGAAUUGUUUUAGCCUGGAGGCGGGGGGCCGCGCCUGCUUCCUUCAAAAACACUGCGGGUUUCUGCUUGACAUCGGGAUCCUUGACGUGUCGGCGUUCGUUCCUCCGCAGCCUUCGCCUUCCACUGCUACAUGGCCUCCAUCGUGGGCAGCGCGCCGCUAGAGAGGCUCCACGCCGGCGACCAGGCACUUGUUGAGGACCCGCAGUUCCAGGCUCAGGUCGGCAACAGCCGCAGUUUGACAGAGAAGCUCAUCGAGGCCGUCAAAGAAGCCCACAAGUCCUGCGUCGACACGGAGACAUUCCAGUUGGGCCAGGAGGACGUGGACAAUCUUGCGAUCGUGGCACGCAACAUCAACAUGCCGACUCCUCCGGUGCUCAGAGUCAGCGCGGAAAACGUUUCUGUGGAGAGUGGUCUGACUCAGGUGACAGAGGGUCUUUUGCUGUACCAGGCUAUGCUGAAUGCAACAUACCCUAAACUUCAAAAGAAUGAGCAAGUCGUGGCCUUGAUCGCUGACAUCAAAGAUCUCGUCGUCCAGCUGAACAAGAUGUUGAAGAUGGCCAACGCUGCAAAGUCAGUGCAACCAACACCGGCCCCUGUGGAACUCCGCCUCGACAGUGAAUACCGUGUCCAAGUGGCGAUACACUUGACCCUCGUCCACCUGCAGUCCUUCGGACAUGACAUGAGUCGUUGGCUGCGACAGCUGGACCAGAGCGAAGAGGAGGAGGAGACAUAGAGCAGACAUAUUUUCUGCCGCCACCAGAUCCUUAUUUUUUUACAUAUUUAUUUUUUUCUAUCUCAAUGAUUAUUUAUUUAAUAAUAAUUUAAAUGUGUCAGCUGCUUUUCGUGUAUGCCGGUUGGUAUUCAUACGAGAGAUAUUCAUCAGUUAUUUAUUGAAGCGAUAUUCAGCGCACAGCACCUAAAAUGUCAUUUGAUGGCUAGAAAUAGUGCAACUAUUCUAACUGCAGCAGCUCAUUGAUCAGAGCAGCUGGUCUGCUGAUCUAACAUCAAAUUGCCAUUCUUCUCUUGGAUCAUAGGCUGGAGUAUUUGCCUUUUCCUCCAUCAAAUUCCUCUUUCUGGUGAGAGUGCCAUGAACCCAGAGUGUCAGUCUUGUCAUUGGAAAACACAAGAUUCUAUAUCGAGCACCAAUGCUGAGAGUUUGUGUGCAAGACCAAGCAGUCAACUAAAAACAUGGGUCCAACCCAUUGCUGGGAGACUGAGUUCAGAUCCCAAUACAAGAGUAGCACCAGGCCCUCCAUGAUCCGACAGUGGACCCUAGUCCUGAUGCUGUCAUUCUGAUGAUGAUGUUUUAGUGUAGGAGGAGCAUGUUUAAUGAUGAUGAUCUUGUGUAUUUAUGCAUAUAUCGAUUUGUAUUUAUUACAGGCUCAAUGUCAGGUUUAACUUUAUGAUCUUAUUUAAUCAACUCAUCACUGAUUUUUAACAUUUUUUUAUUAGAUGUAUUUAUUUUCUGUUGAAGAUUUGAGUCAUUGCCACUGAACCUUUUACACUUGAUGCUAGUUUGUGUUGUCACUGGUCUUGAAAUAAAGUUGUAUUUUUUUCAAAGUUCUGAAUGAAACGAUU